AUUCAGUCGAUUUUCAAACCUUCAGCAAGCAACUUUUUACUUACAAUACAACUACCUGUCUAGGUAGGUAUCUAGUAAACUUUCACAUUGUAAAGAAGCCUAGAAUUGAAUUUGGAGAAUAAUGGCCCCAGUCAUCCCCUCCAAGCGGCGCUCCCUCCGCGCCAAACUCGCCGCCCGCUCGGGCCCGGAGCCCUACGCGCCGCGCAAAGCGCCGCGCCCGGACGCCGUCGGGACAAGCGACUCGUUCGCGAACACGAAGCGGGACAAGCGCAGCAUCAAGCACGCGUCGUUCGUAUCGCGGAUCGAAAAGGCGCACUCCAAGUCCUCCUCGUCCUCCACGAAGCGGCGCCGCCCAGGCAACAAGCUCGUGGCGAAUCUGGACUCGCUCGCCGACGCGCUGCCGGACCUGCUGGCGGACGGGGAGACGGAGGAGGGCCUGCGGCAGAUGCGGGAGGGGAAGGUCCGCCAUAAGAGCCUGCGCAGCAGGCCCGGCGCGCUGAGGAGGAAGGAGCGGAUUGUCAAGGGCGAGGUCGAGAGGUUCGGCGUUAGCCUUGCGAGGCUGAGCGCUGUGCCGGAGAAGCAGGUGUCGGUGACCACGGGCGUGGAGAAGGAGGGUGAAGUGCCGGAGGGCCAGAGUGCGAGUACAACGGCGGCGGCGGUGGUGGUGCCGCAGGUCUCGACUACGAAUCGCUGGGCGGCGCUGAGAGGAUAUAUCUCGGCGACUAUGGAGCAGAACCCGGCGUUUGUGGGGAAGCAGGACGGGAAAUGAAAGACGUUACGACGGUAUGAUUAAUAUGAAAAAUGCUGUAAGACGGUUGUGGUGAGAGAGAGAGGGUGUGUGGAGUGAAUUCGAGCAUCUACAAAAUCAACAUGAAGAGCGUAGAACUUUUACUGUUUUAUCCGUAGCUUGUUCGAUAUAAGCUCAGGUCUCUGUGCCAACGCAAUCGACGAGAAGCAAGGAAGAGCUGGCUGUCUACUGCAGCCUC